CUCCAUAUAUGGCGUGUAAAUCUGAGACACUGACACGACACGUGAGACUGAACAAAGCAAUGAUGUAGGAAAGGGAGGCAGAGCUCGUUACAUAAUCCGGACUGUUUGCCUUUCAGCAGUAAAAGUUGCUGGUAAAUUAUUAACAGAGCAACGCAGUACCGUCCCGAUAAGGUUUUAAAAGCCGUCGGAGCCAUACAGAGCUGAGAAGUUGAAACGCCAUUUCAGGUUAUAUCUCUCACUAUAUUUUUCGAAAGGCAGAAGAGGACUGAACCAUGAGCUACGCUUGGUAUUUCUCAGCAGAGACCUGGGCCCUGAUUUUAUUAUUACUCACCUUAGUUAUCGCUUAUGGAUAUUGGCCUUUUGGAUUCUUUAAAAAGCUGGGAAUUCCAGGGCCAAAGCCCCUCCCAUUUAUCGGAACACUUUUGGAAUACCGCAAGGGCUUCUUCAAUUAUGAUCUGGAGUGUUUCCAAAAAUAUGGGAAAAUAUGGGGAAUAUAUGAUGGCAGACAGCCUGUAUUGGCUAUUAUGGAUCCAGGAAUGGUCAAAACCAUACUAAUCAAAGAAUGCUACUCCUUCUUUACUAAUAGACAAAACCUUGGCCUCAGUGGCCCCCUGCAUGAUGCUGUCAAUCUCGCAGAGGAUGAGCAGUGGAAGAGAAUUCGCAGUGUACUUUCUCCCUCCUUCACCAGCGGUCGUCUCAAGGAGAUGUUUACCAUUAUGAAGAAACAUUCCAGUACAUUAGUGAAGAACCUGAAGAAGACAGCUGACAAGGAUGAAUCAGUGGAAAUGAAAGAUUUUUUUGGCGCAUACAGUAUGGAUUCUGUGACAAGCACAGCCUUCAGCAUUGACAUUGACUCUCUCAACAAUCCCAAAGACCCCUUUGUCACCAACAUCAAGAAAUUGCUGAAAUUCAAUUUUCUCAAUCCUCUUUUCCUCUUUGUUGCAUUUUUUCCUUUCAUGACGUCGCUGCUGGAGAAGUUGGACUUCACCUUCUUCCCUUCCUCUGUGACCGAUUUCUUUUAUGCCUCUCUUCAGAAAAUAAAGGCUGAGCGACAGACUAAAGUCCACAAAGAUCGAGUGGACUUCUUACAGCUGAUGGUGGACUCCCAGAUAACAGAAAAGGAAUGUAAUGAAAAUGAUGUAAAAGGACUGACAGACCAUGAGAUCCUCUCUCAGUCCAUGAUCUUCAUCUUUGCCGGUUACGAGACCACCAGCAGCACCUUGUCGUUCUUGUCCUACAACUUGGCCAGAAACCCUGAAGUCAUGAAAAAGCUACAAAACGAGAUCGACGAGACCUUUCCCAAUAAGGCCCCGGUGACAUAUGACAAAUUGAUGGAAUUGGAGUACCUCGACAUGACCUUGAACGAAUCCUUGCGGAUUUACCCCGUUGCAGGCCGUCUUGAGAGGGUUUGCAAAAAGACCAUUGAGAUUAAUGGGGUCAUCAUUCCCAAGGGAACUGUGGUCAUUAUCCCAACUUUUGCUCUACACCGUGAUCCCGAUGUUUGGACUGAUCCUGAGGACUUUGACCCAGAGAGGUUUAAUAAGAAGAACAAAGAGAGUAUAGAUCCAUACUUAUAUUUGCCUUUUGGAGCUGGGCCCCGCAACUGCAUUGGAAUGAGAUUCGCUCUUGUCCUUGUGAAACUGGCUAUAGUUGAGAUCCUUCAAAACUUCGACAUUGUUUUGGGCAAAGAGACACCCAUACCACUUGUACUGGACAUUCAAGGACUGCUUACACCUAAAAGUCCGAUAAAACUGAAACUCAUCCCACGCUGAUGCUUCCAAGAUGCCAUUAAUAAUGAAAAGUGAAUGCAUAUAAAUGUAUGAAACCUAUGUGUCACGGGAGAUCGGCAGCGAUCGCGGGCAGAGCGGCGAUAGUGCGGGCAAGCGGGGAAGCAGGAAGCAGGCAGGCAGGAUUCGGGACGAAACAAGGGGUUUAAUCGAAAUCUAGGGCAGGGAACACAGGACGGCUACAGACAUCAAUGACAGACAAGGCAAACAGGUAAGACCAGGACUUAAAUAAGACAGGACCAAGCAAAGUAAAUGGACAAAGCUGGAGACGAUCAGGGAAGCACACGUGGGUAAUCAGGGGGCGUGGCACACACGAGGAGCGGAAGGAGCGGGCGUCACACUAUGUGUAUUUCGUUCGUCUGAGACAAAUUGUCUGGUAUUUUCCCCAAUCAUUAGCCUAAUGUUGUAAUUAUAGCUAUACAAUGAAAAGACUCAUUCAGUGUAAUUUUCUGAAAAAUUUUCUUGAAAGUUUGAAGUUUUCUGAUAUUACUUUCAUGUUUACGUACUGUUGGGAUAUUUUCUUCUCUGUGUGUUUUCCUGCCAGUGUUUCACCGUGUAUCUGUGGUUUACACUCCAGUAGUAUCUUUAUGUUACUCCCAUAUUUGUAAAAUGAUAUAUUCUUCUAUGCUCUGUUCAGGACCACUAUGAGUAGUUAAUAUUAGUAAUGCUUAUAUAAUGUGAAUGUUCAGUUUUUAAGAAGAACUGACUCUGAAAAGUGUUACUCAGUCUAUUGUUUGAAGAAUCUCUCUUAGAUUAAAUAAGCAAUUGUUUUUAUGGAA